AUGCCUUCUAACAACCCAACAACAGACGCUCGUCCAUCCUCUUCCCCCUCUCCCCCUCCAUCCCCUGAGCCGUCCCCUCCCCCAUCCCCAUCCCCUUCUCCACCCCCCUCCCCUCCCAAACCUUUCAGACCCGCAUCUCGCUCACCAAUGCCCUCCAAGACUUUCGCCGAACACGUCAACGCUCGUGCUCGUACUCAAGCUCAGUCUCAAUCUCCCCCCAGCUACGACAGCGCCACCAAGGACAGCAACGGUACUAGUGACGAUAGCAACGACAACAGCACCAACAGCGCCACCAGGAUCCCAGAAGAAGUCCAACUUGAUUUCGGUAUCUUGCCUGGUCAUCCCAGAUCGCCGAUCCAGAACGCGACAUACGCGAACGAGAUUCGGACCAUGGGCUCGAGGAGGCCUUCAGUGACACUCACCCCUACGCUGUCCUCUAAUCUCGGUUCUGACGAGCAUGAGCGCCGUGGAUCUGAAUCAGCUUGGCUCACGCGUGAAGGCCACGAUACCAGGAACUGGAACUAUGGGUGCAUCGAAUAUGAUCAUUCGACGCGUCCUUCGCUCUCUGAGUCUUUAGCGUCCGACGACCGUCCUGAGAUUGAUGCUGAUGGUUGGCCCCGUGCGAACAAGAGGCCCUGGGGAUCGGAGACGUUUGGAGCUUUGGGCGGUGGGAGUGACGUCAAUGUUGAUGGGUUUACGGGGUUCAAGGAGAAAUAUGCGAAGUAUGUGGAGGGGGAGGAGGGGGAGGCGAUGAGUCCAGGUCCCAAUAAUAUUAAUGUCGGUGGCCGAGUUGCGAUAUUUCCGAUGCAGAGGCAGUCGAACGCUGGAUCAUUGACAGAUCGUACGACUAGUGCUCUGUCGUCGCACCAUUUUUCCGACCAUUCUACUACCACGGCGGCGAUUCAGACGAAUCCGGCAUCUGACACUCUUUUCGGCGACUAUAACUGGGGAGGGAAUCACCUGGUCGGGCCGCAGAGUCAGACUAGGAGAGGACGUGACUACUCUCUUGUCUCGCCCGACUCAUUGACGGCGUCUGGGGUUUCGCUUGGUCGCACUAACCUCGAGCCGGAGUCCGAGCGCACGCGUAAGAGCUCGAGGACUCAGACAGCGCCGUCCAAGUUUCAGAAUCUGCUAGCUAGGAAAUAUGACCCGAGGAAGAAAGCGGGGCCUCUUCAGAUUCAUGUAUGUUCGAGAGUCGAGGAGUUUAGGGAUAGGGAUAGGGAUCGUGCGUUGAAGCUCGGGUGGGCGUGGGUGGAGGAGAAGGAGAUGGAGGGCGCCUUCGCUUUCGGGCCUACGCAGCCUUCGCACGAGUUCUCACCUUUCCUUCCUUCCGCUUUCCGUCAUCCUCUGACUUGCUUCAGCGCAUCGACGACGACAUCGACGACGACGACCUUUGCGAAGAAGAACGUCGGUCGGGUCUCCACUGCAAGGCAUCCCACCGCAUCUCUCAUGCCUCCCGACGACUCUCUUCUUCAUGAUCACCACCAUCAAGACCAACAGAGGCAGGGGAAGGGAGUGGAAGGCGCUGCGGUCGAGGAUGCCGUCGUUGGAGGGGAGGGAUGGCAGGUUAUAGCGGGGAAGGACUGGUGGAGAACACCGCUGAGCACGCCCUCGCUCUCCUGGACGUUCACCGACAGCCGACGAGCCCCUAAGCGCACGUUCUCCAAACCUCCGCAUUAUCACCAUCGUCUCCUCUCCCAUCCCGAUCCUCCGUCCUCAUCGCCAUCGUCGACGCCAUCGCUCUCGACGGCGCUCGUCCCCAUCUCACACUCCCACUCACAUUCACAUUCACAGCGCGGACUGGAGCCGUGUUGUUCGGAAUGUCAGGAGGCCCGCGAUCCGCUCGUUCCCUGCCACACCUCAGACUCAGACUGUAACGCUGGCACCCCGGCCGCUCGGGAGACUCGGGAGCAGAGCAGCGUGUGUCUAAGCGAAGAACACCCCGCCGUGCAUGUCGCCGAGUCUGCGCUCAGGCGGUACGAGCACGACGUCGGGAUCCAAAUCCAAGGCCUCUUCUCCUCCGAAGACCUCAUUGCCCUCGCACGCCGCGUCCGGCUCCUCCUCGGCGAUAUUCCCGUUAAGCAGUCGGCAGCUGAGAAGGCUUGGAGGGAGAGACUGGGCGAGCUCUGUGAGGGCGUGGAAGUGGGCGUGUUGGAGAGGAUGGGAGAGGAGGCGUUUAGGGCUGCGAUGGAGGAGGGCGCACGGAAGGGUGUCGAUGCGGUUCCGAAUAUUUUGGAUUUGGAUUUGGAUCCGCCGUCGAGGAGGAGUCGGAGAGGAGGCGAGAGGGACGUGUCGAUUGUGGACCUGACGGACUCUGAGCAGAGCGAGAGCGUAGAGUCGGAGAUGCCGCAGACGCCGAGGCCGCGGAGGGCGUACGGUGCUCAUCGUUCGAGUGGUGAGACCCCUUCGUUGACAAAAAUCAAUAACAUUGUGUAUAAUAAAGUUUCUGUAGGCAAGUACGGCAGGCACGACAUCCCGCAUGCGUCCUCGCCUUCCACGACGUCCUCCUCCCCUCAGACCUCAGCCGACGACAUCCAAUCCAUCGCAGACUCUUCCCAUCCCCAUAUCAGAUCCUCGUCCCUUCCGCCUACCGCUGGCAGUCACCUCCACAAAGACGAGCACGGCUUCUGGGUGCCCCUCACAUCGUACGGCAUCCGCUCGUCGCCCUCCCCACCCUCUUUUGGCAGUGGCGGUGGUGGUGGUGGUGGUGGUGGUAAAAUCGACGACUCGACGUUAUUACCGCCGUUCUUACUCUCCCCCUCCGGGCGCGCAAAGAAACAACCGACGUCGCAUUCACGCACACGGCAGAUCAUCGAUCGUCUGCGCGGAGUCUCUGGCAACCAAUAUCAGCAUCAGUCGGAUAGAGACGGGCUCCGAGGGCGGACGGGCGGUGGGAAGAGCCCCGUGCAUGCCACCACCACCGCCACCGCCACCACCACUAAAGCAGCACCUGAUGCUAAUAGUGAAACUCAGAGUCCUGCGACGAGCUCGAGGAGCGAGUCGGUUGCGCUCGAGGUGCAUAAACUGUUCCAGAAAGGCGCGGACGGAUGGAUCCAGAUGCAUACCUCCAAUCCCUCUUCUUCCGAUUCCGCUUCUUCGCCUUCUGCGUUGGGUCUUGGUUCUUCGCCCUCUGCGCUGGAUAUGGGUCUCGGGCUCGGGCUCGAUGAGGAGGAGUUGGGACUGAUGAUGGAGGAUGGGGGCGUGGCGUGUUCGGGUGGGGUCGGGCUGGGUGUGGCGGGGAAGAAGAAGGAUGGGAAUGGGAAGAAGGAAGGUGGGAAGGCCGGAGGAGGAGGAGGGGCAGGGAGGCAUAGGAAGCAGGGUUCGAGCUCUGGUUUGGCGUCGGCGGCGGCAGUGGUUACGAUGGCGGAGGGAUGGAUCGACACGUCGGGUUCGAGUCUGAACUCGAAGUCCGCAACCUCGAACCGGGCUGCGUCUCGCGCUGGCUCUGUUUCUGGACCGGCUUCGCGUCCGCAACAACAACAGCAACAGCAUCACUCCCAUUCGCAGUCACUUUCACUCUCUUCUGCGCCUGCGUCGGUAGGGACGUUCACGUUCCCACCUCCGCCUGUCCCUCCCGUUCCUCACCCCGUUCAUCAACAACACCACCAACACGCCCUCCAUCCUCAUCACGCUCACGCUCACCAUCCCCAUGGACCACCACCACCUCCACCACCAUCGGGCUUCCCACCGAUGAUGUAUCCGCACUCGUCUUACCCCGGCGUAAACAUCAAUAACGGAAACGGAAUGGUCCUCCCGCCUAACGCGUUCCCGUACACCGUCCCUGUUCCAGUGGGUAUGCCUGUCCCCGUUGCGGUUCCUGCGGGGUAUAAUCCCAAUCCGAAUAUGAGUAUGAACAUGGGUAUGGGUAUGCAUGGGGCAUCGGGGCCGUAUGGGAUGUUCGCGAUGCCCAUGCCCAUUCCGGGGCAGUUUGGCCAGAUGCAGGGCGUGUAUGGGCAGCAGCAUGGAGGGGGACAUAGGCCGAGGUAUCCUGGCGUUGGACAGGGACAGGGGCAGGGGCAGGGACAAGGGCAGGUGGCUGUGGCGGGAAGGGGGUGGUAG